UGUUUUAUGUGUGAUUGGUGGUUGGAGCAGUCAGGUCAAUGGAGAAGAUGACUUUAUGCUUCUUGCAGGACCUCUGACUGAGAAGGAGGUCAGAACCUCCAGCGGUGAGGAAAACGUUGUCUUUGACUGCAGUCAUCCCAUACCAGCUGGUUCCAAACAGUAUUUUGAGUACCUCCAGACCAAAGGGGUGAACCACUUCAAAGUGCCGCUGUCAUGGGCUAAGAUUCUUCCUACGGGUCUUGUCAGACAGCCUCAGCAGGCUGUGGUAAGGUGUUACCAGACCCUGCUGAAGCAGCUGUUGGAGGUGGGCCUGCAGCCUCUUGUCAUUCUUCAUGGAUCAACAGUUCCAGACUCUCUGAGGUCCCGGUAUGGAAGCUGGGAAAGUCAGAGACUGCUAGAGAUGUUUCAGCAGUAUGCUGAGUUUGCCUUGAAAGAGUUUGGCCUGUUGGCAAACUCAUGGGUGACAUUCAGUGGCCUGGAUGAAGUUUUGCAUGGAGGUCAGACUGCAGAUGAUCACAGUCUUUUGCAAAACCUCCUUCAGCUCCACAAGAAGAUUUACCAGUUUUACCAUCAGAACCUUCCUGGCCAAGGGAAACGUCUUUCAUUUGGUUUGAAUGCUAGAGAUGUGGAUCGACUUUCCCACCUUAAAAGUUUAACAAAUGUGGAUUUCUUGUCAGUGAACUUGGAAUAUAACUGUGCCUCCCCAGAAAGAUUUGCACAAGAGUUGAGAAACCUGCAGAUAUCCAGUGGAAAUUUGCAGAUCUUGCUAUAUAAGAUGACAGUUCAUGACUGUAUCUUCAGUGAACACCAGAUUCUUGGAGAAUUAUUACAAGUUUUAUGGAGCAACAGCCUGAAAAUUAUUGGAUUUGACAUGAAAAAUGUGUUGGAUAAGCUGGACAUGCAGGAUGCACCAGUCAGCAGGUCUUGGGUAAGGAAUACUUAUGAAAACAUCUUGCAUAAAUUUGGGGACCAAACUAGUGAUGAUAAAGAUCUGUUCCUGACUAAAGCAUUCCUCCCGGGCUUUCAAUGGGCCACUUCGUCAGAGUCUCUCAAGGUUGAAGGUGGCUGGUUAGAAGGGGGAAAAGGAGAGACCAUCUGGGAUCAUUUUGGUCAUGAAGGCCAAGCAUUUGCAAAUCACACUGCUGACCUCGCUUGUGACAGUUACAACAAGAUCGAUAUAGACGUCUACCUCCUGCAAGGUCUUGGAGUCAACUCCUACCAGUUUUCAAUCUCCUGGGCACGUGUUUUCCCCUCAGGUCACAGAGAGAGCCAGACUAAUGAAGGGGUUCGCUACUAUGACAAUCUGAUCGAUGCUCUCAUUGAAUCUGGCAUACAGCCCGUUGUUACUCUCUACCAUUGGGAUCUGCCUCAGGCUCUCCAAGACAAUGGUGGGUGGACCAACCCUUCCAUCGUUGGAGCUUUCAAGGACUAUGCCGACUUCUGCUUCAGUAGAUUUGGAAGAAGAGUCAAGAACUGGAACACAUUCAGUAGCCCCUGGGUGGUGAGCCAUGCUGGGUAUGGCACUGGUGAACAUGCUCCUGGAGUAAAAGACUAUGUGACUGCUUCCUAUCAGGUCACUCAUAAUAUGCUGAAAUCUCAUGCAGAAGCCUGGCAUGUUUACAAUGACUAUUACAGAAAGACACAGGGAGGGAAAGUGGGCAUUGCAUUAAACUCUGACUGGGCACAACCCACUGAUGCCACCAAACCUGAAGACGUGGCAGCUGCAGAGCGCUACCUCCAGUUUAUGCUAGGCUGGUUUGCUCAUCCCAUAUUCAUAGAUGGAGACUAUCCUGCAGUUCUCAAAACUCAGAUUGAAAAGAAAAGAAAUGAGUGUCCCGGAUCUGUGCCAGCAGUACUACCAGCUUUCACGGCUGAAGAGAAGGCGAGGAUAAAGGGAACAUCUGACUUUUUUGGUUUAAAUCAUUAUACUUCCCGUUUGGUUAGCAGCAGUGUUGGUGGGUGCAACCCUGGUCCUGAGGGAGUUGGAGACUUCCAGGCAAAAGUGGACCCCUCAUGGCCGGCUACAGCAUCAGACUGGAUCUACUCAGUGCCUUCAGGACUAAGAUCACUUCUGAACUACAUUAAAGCAGAAUAUUUAAAAGCUAACAAUGUGCCCAUUUACAUAACUGGGAACGGCAUGCCGACCGAAUACAGUGGGGACACCCUCAAUGACACCAGCAGAAUAGAGUACAUGAAGGGUUACAUCAAUGAAGCCUUGAAAGCAAUUGAUCAAGAUGGAAUAGACGUGCAACGAUUCACAGUACAGUCACUCCUGGAUGGAUUUGAGGGAAACCAAGGCUACAGUGAAAGAUUUGGUCUUCACCAUGUUAACUUUGAAGAUGGAUACAGACCGAGAACACCAAAACAAUCGGCCUAUUUUUUCGCUCAGAUCAUCGAGCAAAAUGGUUUUGCUUCACGUAAACAAGAUCAUUUUGAAGGUUUGAAAUUACCACAAGUGCGCCGUUCCACCCCACUGCCACCCUCAGAGGUUCCAUCAGCAUCAAAGGUUGUCUGGGAAAAAUUUACGCCGCAGAAAAUGUUUGAUACACAAAUGUAUCACUAUGGCCAAUUCCCACAAGAUUUCUCCUGGGGAGUUUCAUCUUCAGCUUACCAGAUUGAGGGUGGAUGGAAUCAAGAUGGGAAGGGACCCAGUGUGUGGGAUACAUUCACUCAGAAGCCGGGUAGUGGUAUUCCUGAAGAUGGUAUUGGCAAUGUUGCCUGCGACAGUUACAAUAGACUUGAUGAAGACCUCUACAUGCUGCGAGCAAUGAAGGUAAAGUCAUACAGAUUUUCUUUGUCCUGGUCCAGAAUCUUUCCCAAUGGUCGGCGUGAAUCCCUGAACCAGAAGGGUGUGGACUAUUAUAGCAGACUUAUUGAUGGCCUCUUGGCAAAUGACAUCACCCCGAUGGUCACAAUUUAUCAUUGGGACCUCCCACAAGCUCUACAAGACAUCGGUGGCUGGCAGACUGCAGAGAUGAUUGACAUUUUUAAUGAUUAUUGUGACUUCUGCUUCGCCACCUUUGGCAACAGAGUAAAAUUCUGGAUGACCAUGAAUGACCCUCAGGGGCUUGCAUGGCUAGGAUAUGGACUAGGACAGAUCCCACCAAACAUUAAAGAACCAGGAACAGCACCAUACCAAGUUGCACACAACCUUAUAAAAGCUCAUGCCAAGGCAUACCACACAUAUGACGACAAGUAUCGUCUUUCUCAAGGAGGCCUAGUAUCAAUUGCCCUCAAUGCUGAAUGGGUUGAACCUAAAGAUAUCAAUGUCCCUCGUGAAAUUGUUGCUGCUGACCGUGCAAUGCAGUUCCUGGUGGGUUGGUUCGCCCAUCCAAUUUUCAAGAACGGGGACUAUCCAGAGGCCAUGAAAGCCCAGGUUUUAGUCAAAAGUGAACUCCAAGGUCUUCCACAGUCAAGACUCCCUUCUUUCACAGAGGAGGAAAAUAACUUUAUUAAAGGAACUGCUGACAUAUUCUGUGUAAAUCACUACACCACUAGAAUAGUGAGCCAUGUUACAGGUGCAAUUACUCCACAGUCCUAUCUAAAUGACUGGGACUUUACAGAAGAAGAAGAAGGAGGUUCACCUGCUACAGCUAUCAAAAAUCAGAGAGCUGUAUCAUGGGGCUUAAGAAGACUCCUCAAUUGGAUCAAGGAAGAGUAUGGAAACCCAGAGAUUUACAUAACCAAUAAUGGUGUGGCUACAAAGGAAAAAACUUCUUGGGAUGACAUUGACAGAGUGUUUUUUUACAAGACUUAUAUUAAUGAGGCUCUUAAAGCCUAUGAAGUUGAUGGAGUACAGCUAAAAGGCUAUACAGCAGCAUCUCUCAUGGACUCCUUUGAGUGGUUAAAUGGCUAUACAGUUGGUUUUGGGCUCUACCAUGUGGACUUCGCUGACCCAAACAGACCAAGAACACCCAAGUUUUCAGCUCAUUUUUACUUCCAAGUCAUGAAAGACAAUGGUUUCCCAACAAAUGAUGAUGAGAGGAUGCUGUAUGGAGAAUUUCCUCAGGGCUUCGUUUGGAGUACAGCAACAGCAUCUUAUCAGAUUGAGGGGGGUUGGAGAGCUGAUGGAAAAGGGCUAAGCAUCUGGGAUAAGUUUGCUCACACUCCUCUUAGAAUUUUUGAGAACGACAAUGGGGACAUCGCUUGUGACAGUUACAAUAAAAUAGACGAAGACAUUGCAAUAUUGGAGCAACUUAGGGUAAACCAUUAUCGAUUCUCCAUAUCCUGGACGCGGAUACUUCCUGAUGGCACUAAAAAUUACAUCAAUGAGGCUGGUUUCAGCUACUAUGACAGACUGGUGAAUGCACUGCUUGCUGCAAACAUCCAGCCUCAUGUCACUUUGUACCACUGGGACCUUCCACUGGCUCUGCAGAAUGUUGGAGGCUGGGAAAAUGAUACUAUUGUUGAAAGAUUCAGGGAUUAUGCUGACAUCAUUUUCAGUCGCCUUGGCGACAGAGUGAAACUAUGGGUCACCAUCAAUGAGCCGUAUAAUGUAGCGAUGGUUGGCCAUGGAUAUGGAGUAGCUGCCCCAGGUAUCAGUUUCCGUCCAGGUACUCUUCCCUACAUUGUUGGUCACAACCUUAUCAAAGCUCAUGCUGAAGCGUGGCACCUUUACAAUGACAAAUAUCGGGCUAAACAGAAUGGAAAGGUCUCUAUCACUAUCAACUCUGACUGGUCAGAGCCCAGAAACCCCUAUAAGCAAGAGGACAUCGAUGCUGCAAGACGUGUCAUACAGUUCUACAUUGGAUGGUUUGCUCAUCCCAUAUUUAACGGUGACUAUAGUGAAAUGAUGAAGACAAUCAUUGGGGAACGCAGUCUUGCAGCUGGCUUGACUCAAUCACGCUUGCCUGAGUUUACCCCAGAGGAAAUAAAGAGAAUAAAGGGGACGUAUGAUUACUUUGGAUUCAACCAUUACACUACUGUCCUGGCAUUCCCUGUAGAAUAUGGAAAUCUUCAGCAUUAUGAUGGUGACAGAGGUGCAGGGACCACUGCUGAUCGUGCCUGGCUAAAUUCAGGUUCUGGGUGGCUGAAGAUCACACCGUUUGGAUUGCGCAGAAUAUUAAACUUCAUUAAGGAGGAGUAUGGAAAUCCUACGAUUAUCAUCACUGAGAACGGGAUCUCCGAGCGAGGGCCCGUAGAUCUAAAAGAUUCUCACAGGAGUUACUACUAUGAAAAAUAUAUCAACCAAAUGCUGAAAGCUAACCUGCUUGAUGGUGUGGAUGUCCGUGGCUACACAACUUGGUCACUCAUGGACAACCUGGAGUGGGCUACUGGCUUUGCAGAGAGAUUUGGACAUUUUUACGUCAAUCGCUCUGAUCCCAAAGUGCCUCGAGUGGCCAAAGAAUCUGUGUCUUUCUAUUCCACCAUCAUCAACUGCAACGGGUUUCCGGACCCUGCAUCUGGACCUCAUGAUUGUAUGAAGCAAGAACCUGAAGAAACAGUAAAUGACAGUUCUGUCAACUUCCUGGGCCUGAAGCUCUCUGCUGAAGAAGCUGAAACUGGACUUAAUGCUACGUUUGCUCUGCUAAUUAUAGCAGUGACUGGAGCCAUUUGUUUGUCCAUCGGCUGCUUUUUAACUAAAAGACGUAAAAAAGAAACUAAGAAAGUUGACAAUAUAGAGUUGGAGAGGAAAUUUUGACUGUAACCAGACUUACAUACAGACAUGAAAACUGACCUGGAUGUUUAAAAAGUCUACAUGAAACUCCAUCUUCCACGGACAUGUAAUAUUCCAGUUAACUCUGUAUAUUAUGGGUGUUUCAUUUAUUUUAAUCCAUUCUUCAUGAAUAGUGUAUUCAUGAUGCCAGUGCAUCAAUUCCAUUCAUUUGCACGAAUAAUUGUUGGAAUGUUUGGGGCAAUCUGUUUAUUCACUGGCUUUUUUACAACAUAAGUAAACCGAUAUUAAAUUGUUUAUUUUGAGAAGAUAAUGUUGGACAGCAUUAACUAAAACUGCAUUAAAGUGUCCUGAAACAUUUAACUGGAUUGUUCAAGUAUUACAUUUAAUUAAAAUAUCAUUUGUAAUAUUGUAAUAAAGGCAGCAAAUCAUUAUUGUG